AAUGAAAAAUCCCAUUUACCCACCUGUUAGAUAAUUGAUUAUUUAUGGGGUUUUUUUGGUCACAGCCAGUACUUGGUUGAUUUUACACGGCUUCAAGCUGACGCUGCUCACGCCCCGCGGCGCGCCGGUGCCUGAGGGAGCCGGUACCGCCCGCUACGCCGCCGGCCGCUGCUCUGCUCUGCUCACGGGAGCGCGGCCGACGGGCGGCCAGGUGGCCUCUUAAGGCUGCUCGCCACACCUGGAGGCUGCUCGCCACUCCGCGGAGCCUGACGGCCGCGUGUGGUCCCCCUCGCUGCGCGGCCGCCGGCAGGAGCCGUCCCGCAGCCGGCGCUCCCCGCCCCGCAGCCGGCCGGCGGCUCCUCACGCCUCCUUAAGAGGCGGCGGUCAGCUGACGGCUGGCGCCUCCCCCGCCGCGAGGGAGAAAAGUGCCGCAUGCCCGCCAUGGGGAACGGGACCGCGCGCCAGCCGAGAGGGAUGGCCGAGCCCGCGGGACCCCAGGCAACCAGCUGCUAGAAACACUUGGAUGACUGGAAUUCAAGAUAUUUGGUUUGUGAUAUUACCCUGAGGUAGAGAAAAUAAGCAUAAGAAGCUCCUCUAGAUCAGUUAAAGGAUCUGUUGUACUGAACUCUGAAAAACUGGGAGGCCUCUUCUGUGUAGAAUUGAAACAGACAUUUGACAGUUGUCGUGAAUAAAAUUAAGGCAAAAAUGUCCGUCAUAGAUCCUUAUCAACACAUUGUGGUGGAACACCAGUAUUCACACAUAUUCACUGUGACAGUAAGGAAAGCCACAAAUGUCACAAAAGGAGCGAUUGGUGACAUGCUGGACACUCCAGAUCCCUACGUGGAGCUGUUCAUCCCAUCUGCACCUGAUUGCAGGAAGAGAACAAAACAUUUCAAUAACGAUGUGAAUCCUGUGUGGAACGAGACCUUUGAGUUCAUUUUGGACCCCAACCAAGAGAAUGUUCUUGAGGUUACCUUGAUGGAUGCCAACUACGUUAUGGAUGAGACUCUUGGCACAUCCACAUUUCCUAUAUCUUCUCUGAAACUGGGAGAGAAGAAAGAGGUCCAGUUAACUUUCAAUGAUGUCACAGAAAUGACUUUAGAAUUGUCUCUUGAAGUAUGCUCUUCGACUGAUCUCCGGUUCAGCAUGGCUCUGUGUGAUGAGGAAAAGAAAUUUCGGCAGCAGCGAAAAGAUAAUAUCAUGCACAGUAUGAAAACAUUUCUAGGAGAGGAAAACAGCAAGAACUUGACCACUUCCCGUGAUGUACCAGUGAUAGCGAUACUGGGUUCAGGAGGUGGAUUUCGUGCCAUGGUAGGGUUUGCUGGAGUCAUGAAAGCACUUUAUGAAUCAGGAGUUUUAGACUGUGCGACUUACAUUGCUGGUCUCUCAGGAUCCACGUGGUACAUGUCAACUUUGUAUUCGCACCCAGAUUUUCCAGAAAAAGGACCAAAGGAGAUUAAUCAAGAGUUGAUGAACUCCGUGAGUCACAACCCACUUCUGCUGCUCACUCCUCAGAAAGUCAAACGCUAUAUUGAAGCACUGUGGAAUAAGAAAAGCUCAGGGCAGCCUGUCACCUUCACAGAUAUCUUUGGAAUGCUGAUAGGUGAAACACUUAUCCAUAAUAGAAUGGACACCACUUUGAGCAACAUGAAAGAGAAAAUCAAUAAUGCUCAGUGUGCUCUCCCACUCUUUACAUGUCUCCAUGUCAAACCAGAUGUCUCAGAGCUGAUGUUUGCAGACUGGGUGGAAUUCAGUCCAUAUGAGAUUGGUAUGGCAAAGUAUGGCACUUUUAUGUCUCCUGAUUUGUUUGGAAGCAAAUUUUUUAUGGGGACAGUGGUGAAGAAGUAUAGUGAAAAUCCCUUGCAUUUCUUGAUGGGUGUCUGGGGCAGUGCAUUUUCUAUAUUAUUUAACAGAGUACUUGGCGUCUCCAAUUCUCAAAAUAAAGGUCCCACCAUGGAAGAAGAAUUAGAAAAUAUUAGGCUAAAGCAUCUUGUAAGCAACGACAGUUCAGACAGCGAAGAUGAAUCACAGCAUCCAAAAGGCACUGAAAAUGCUGAGGCAAAUCAAGAGUAUCAGAACAACAGCCAAGAGAGCUGGGUGCAGCGAAUGCUGAUGGCUUUGGUGGGUGAUAGUGCCCUUUUCAACACCAGGGAAGGGCGUGCUGGGAAAGUGCACAACUUCAUGCUGGGAUUGAACCUCAACAGCUGUUACCCGCUCUCUCCUCUGGCAGAGCUUCUUACUCAGGAGUCCGUGGAGGAAGAUGAACUAGAUGCAGCGGUUGCAGAUCCUGAUGAGUUUGAGAGGAUAUAUGAGCCACUAGAUGUGAAGAGCAAAAAGAUUCAUAUAGUGGACAGUGGGCUUACAUUUAACCUGCCAUACCCACUUAUCUUAAGACCUCAAAGAGGUGUUGAUCUCAUCAUCUCUUUUGAUUUUUCAGCAAGGCCAAGUGAUUCCAGUCCUCCUUUCAAAGAAAUUUUGCUUGCGGAAAAAUGGGCCAAAAUGAACAAGCUGCCUUUCCCCAAAAUAGACCCAAAUGUAUUUGAUCGAGAGGGCAUGAAGGAGUGCUAUGUUUUCAAACCAAAGGAUACCUCUUCGGAGAAGGACUGUCCAACGAUAAUCCAUUUUGUUUUGGCCAACAUCAACUUCCGGAAGUACAAAGCUCCAGGCAUUCCAAGAGAAACACAGGAAGAGAAGGAUUUUGCAGACUUUGACAUCUUUGAUGAUCCAAAUACACCAUUCUCUACCUUCAACUUCCAGUAUCCCAACGAGGCUUUCAAGAGGCUUCAUGAUCUAAUGGAGUUCAACACCCUCAAUAACAUAGAUGUGAUCAAGCAAGCUAUGAUGGAAAGCAUCAAAUACAGGAAAGAGAAUCCAUCUCGCUGCUCCGUGUCUCUUAGCAGUGUUGAAGCAAGGAGAUUCUUUAACAAGAACAAUCUUAACAACAACCAUACGUAGAGGAUGUGUCCUAGGUCCCACUCCUUCAAGAAACUGGUUCUGUCUUUAUAACUGGAGGCAAAAGACAUUAUCAGAGCAUCACUGCUCCCGAUCAGGGCUGUGCAAAACUCCUAAAACCAUUUUCUUGUGAAUUUUUAAGUUUCAAUAUAAUUUUGUACUUGUUUGUUUUUUUUUUUUUUUUAAACUAAAAACACUGAAAACAUUUCAGUAUGCUGAUAUCCUUAUUUUAAAAACUAUGGAAUUAGUGGGUUUAGUCUAUGGUCAUUGGGUUCAGUGUUUGGUUUUUUUUUACAAAAUUUUAUACACUGGUUUCUCAUAGUGGGGCAAUUGUCUGAUUUGUAAUUGAUGUAUACUGGGCAUAUCUUGAAACUUAAGAUGGAAUUAGAAACACAAUAGAAAAAACUGUAGUAAUAGAGACAAUAGGUAUACCUGGGCUUGGUCCAGGUGUAUGAUACUCUACUUUCUAUCAAUGAGAUUUCCUCUGACUUUGGUUUGAAGUCAAUAAUUGCUAACUACUGCUAGGGAACAGGAGCUCCCUGGUAUAUUAGCUGCUUGGCUGCUUACUAGCUCUCUUAAGGUUGAUUUUACAAUACUGGAAGAGGUUUUGCUCGUUAGUAACCAUUGGCUAUGUUGGCCUUACCAGAGCUCCGUCAUCAAGCUGUGUUUCUAAUUUAACUUCUCUUGCCUGAGUGGUGUCUCUUUAAAAAAAACACCCAAACUUUGUUACCAAACGGGGAUCAAAAAGAUGUGGUUUAUACAUCUUUGAUAUUACAAGUAGGAUCCUCAGCUGGUUAUUAAUGCUAGUAGAGCUUUUGUGGCUGAUGCUAAAAGAAUCUGCUCUUGAAUCUUUUGAUCUCAAAUAUUUUCACAGAAGCUGAACUCCACUUUUUCUACUACUAUUUAAGAACUGUGUAUCCACUCAGCAAACAGUCCAACCUCUUAUAUUUUCCACAUUUAUUCCACAAAAUUACAUUGCUUGAAUUCCUGAGCUAGUAUCACCCAUGUGUUAAAUUAUAGUUAAUUCAUGUGUUUCUGACCAGAAUGUUUAUAGAGAAAUUAAAAGUGAUUUUGCAUUUGAUCAUGAUUAAAAGCAUCACAUUUCUGCAAAGGGACAGUGGCAAUGUUUACUGGGGAUAGAUAAAAUGUUCCUAGGUAAGAAUGUGAAGUAGUUCAUGUCUUCAGGGCUAUUUUUAAAUAAAUGUAUUUUUAGUACAUUGAAUAAUUAAAGACCGUGCACAGACAUAGAUUAUUUUAGUACCAUCUCAACAAGGAUUGAGAUAACUCUGUAAAUGCAUUGAAAAAUGCAGUCGUGCCUCCGAAAACUUCCAGCCUCCUUUGAAAUGAUGUAGUUGGUAAGUGUGCAGGAGUCAGGAGCCACGCAUUGUUGGGGCACUUGGCUGGCUUGUUUCAUUUUUGUAAAGUUUGUGGGAUUAACCCUUAGUGAACACAUCUAGCAGUCCUGGCAGUUGUUCCUUUAGCAGCUUGCUCUGAGUUUGAAGAAGAUAGUGGGGGCCAAAUAGUUUAGUUCAAGGUGAGAUUGCUGCCUCUGGGAGUUAAUGCAAAAGAGCAGAUGGAGGUGUUUGCUGAGGUGAGAGGGGAAAAACACAUCCCCAGCUGCCCUACAGGUCCCUUGUCCAACGCUCCACAGCAGGUGGAGAAGAAAAGUGCUCCUUGCACUGAGAUUAUCAUCGUGGUGAAAGCGCAGCAUGUUUUAAGGAGGCUCAUUUGCAGUGUCGUGGUCGGAAGGUACGUGUGUUUCUCUUCAAGGUCUGUAAGUGGAAUGUCAGUCUCAAGGUUUCUGUUGCCAUUAAUAGGGUUCAGAUGUCACCCCCUGUUUCUGGUCGGGCUGCCAGGACCCUAGCAAGCCCAAAGACCAUGGUCGCAAUGAAUGCCAUCACUUUGCGCAGAGGCUGAAGUGUAGUUCAUCUUUUGUUUGAUAGUUUUCUGACAAUUUUUACAAUAACUGCUCAUUUACCAGAGUUUAUUGCUAAUUCAGUGGCUAUUCCUUUUAUUGUGAGUUACUGAGCUAUUUUAAUUGCUAAAAUCUGUAAGCCCGUGCAAAGGGAAGUAAUUAUAAUGCAUUUCUUUUAACAGCCAUUGAUUCAUCCCUCCUUAAAUCUACAUGCAAAGUUAUGUGAUUAGUACCAUUUUCUGUAUUGAUCCACAGAUUUUAUUUCUGUUUGAGUUAGUGCAUGUUUAAAAUCGAGAGAAAUUAAGUUCUCUUAGUGCUGUAUAAUUUAAUAAUUUUCAAUAAAUUUUGGAAUACAGCAGCAAACUGGUACCAUUAUUUUAUUGUAAUAUUUUCUUUUAAUGUUUAUUUUUCCUUCUGUUAACAUAAUAUUUUUAAAUUUUAUUUUAUAAUAUGUACUUACUCUGUUUUAUGGAAGUGUUUUAUCAUGCUUUAUACAGUUUAUAUUAUCACAGUAUUAUCAGACAAUAAAAAAUAGAACUAUAUUUGGCACCUAC